AUGAGGACCACGAACGUCAGCGACAAGGUGCUGAACCUCCAUCAGGACCUGCGGAUCGGGAUCUGGCUGGCCGGCGAUCAUGUCCCGCGACUGCCGGGCUUCAUCUCAGUGGGGUCCCGGGCGGCCAUGGAUCCCCGAUCUGCGGAUCCAGAUCCGGCUGUGCCUGCGGUGGAGCGCCCCGAGUAUGGAAUUGUGCGUGAAAAACUACAACGGCCAAGACCGACGGCGAUCAAGUGUCUGAACGGCGAAUCAAGUGGAGAUCAAGAGGUCUUUGACCACUCGUCUUCGGACAAUCCACCGUCGGAAAGUCUGCCGCCUGAUUGUCGACCGUUGGAUUCUGUGUCUGUCGCAAGUUAUGAGUCGAAUCUAUCGUCUAUCGCACAUGACGACUCUAUGUCACAUGUCACAAUGGUCGUGGGGGCUGUAGAUCAAGGUCCGCCUUCUCAAGAAGUCCAAGAUCCGAAGGUGACGUUAAAGGAUGAUGAGUCAAACCCAUCAUCAUUGAUGGGUGUAGAAUCUGGGACGAGUCAUAAGUUACGUGAUCGGUUAAACCAGAAGGACACCGCGUCUAUGUCGCAGAAAAAGCACGAAGACUGGGCAGCAGUUCCUGAAAAUCAACCUGAAACAUCGGAUCUGGACCUCACUUGGAGCUCGGAUAGGGAUUUCGACGAAUGUAUGUAUUAUCACGAAGGCUGUGAUCUCUACGCCGAAGAUGUCAAUGGACAACUUGCGGUACUACCCGAAGGUCCGGUAACGACGGAAGAUGUGAGGAUCGAGGACAUCCAAUUGUGCAGAUCAGAUAAUCAGACGCCGAAAUCGACCGAUUCUGUCAGCGGUUCUGGAAGUUUCAACAUUCCUGAUCGGCAAGAGAAAUGCACCCCGCCAGCAGAUCGAGGGGUUGUGUGUGAUAUUGAUGUGAAAGGAGCUGGACCGAUCGCGCUUAUAUGCCGUAAGCUGCGGAUUCAGUUCCGAGAGAAGUUGGCAGAACUGAUCAAGGGUCGCCUGUCUGCAAAGAUGAUCAACCACUCAAGAUCUUCAUGGGCAUCGCCGAUCGUCGUGAUCAUCAAUCUGACACAGCUGAUGGUUUACCCGAUGCCUCUAAUCAACGAUCUACGGAAGGUUCUGGGGUCUAUACUAUUGUAUUGUUCACUGGAUAUGGCGAGGGGAUUUUGGGUGGUGAAGAUGAUGGAUCUGUCCCCCUGA